AUGGAGUACGAGCACCAUGAAGGCACCCCAGGACACGCCCCUUGUGGGGAAUGUGGGAAGGGCUUCAGCUACAGAUCCACCCUUGUGACCCACCAAGGCAUCCACACUGGGGAGAGGCCCUAUGAGUGUCCCCAGUGUCAGAAGAGGUUUCACACCAGCUCCAGGCUCCUCCAGCACCCACAGAUUCACUCGGAGGAGAGGCCCUUCUGCUGUCCUGACUGUGGGAAGGGCUUCAACCACAGCUCCCACCUCAUCAGGCACCAGCGCAUCCACACUGGGGAGAGGCCCUACCAGUGCGCCACAUGUGGGAAGAGGUUUCACACCAGCUCCUAUCUCCUCCUGCAUGAGCGGAUUCACACAGAUGAGAGGCCAUUUUGCUGUCCCGACUGUGGGAAGAGCUUCAAGCACAACUUCACCCUCAUCAGGCACCGGCAAAUCCACACUGGGGAGAGGCCCUUCGAGUGUCCCCAGUGUGGGCAGAGCUACAGCCAGAGUUCAGAGCUGGUGGUCCAUGAGCAGCUUCAUGAUGGGGAGAAGCCCCACAAGUGCUUGGAGUGUGGGAAGAGCUUUAGGUGGAGCUCCCACCUGAUCAGGCACCAGAGGAUCCACACCAGGGAACGGCCCUACGAGUGUGGGGAGUGUGGGAAGGGCUUCAGCUACAGAUCUGUCCUUGUGACCCACCAACGCAUCCACACUGGGGAGAAGCCCUACGAGUGUCCCCAGUGUCAGAAGAGGUUUCCGAGCAACUCCGGUCUCCUCCAGCACCAGCGGAUUCACACAGAUGAGAGGCCCUUCCUCUGCCCUGAGUGCGGGAAGGGCUUCAAGCACAACUCGGACCUCAUCAAGCACCGGCGCAUCCACACUGGGGAGAGGCCCUACCAAUGCGCCACAUGUGGGAAGAGGUUUCAGACCAGCUCCAGUCUCCUCCAGCAUCAGCGGAUUCACACAGAUGAGAGGCCCUUCCACUGCCCUGAGUGCGGAAAGGGCUUCAAGCACAACUUCACCCUCAUCAUCCACCGACGCAUCCACACAGGGGAGAGGCCCUACGAGUGUCCCCAGUGUGGGAAGAGCUUCACCACCAGCUCUAACUUGACCAGUCACCAACGG